AUGAGGAAACCGAAUUUCAUUCGUUUUGGAAGGGCAGAUCCAUGGAGUGAAACGAGGCCAAAUUUCCUUCGCUUUGGAAGAAGCCGCGAUACGCACCAACCUGAGCAGUUCUUCAGAUUGACCCGCAACUCUGAGGACGACCGAAGACCGAAUUUCAUACGUUUUGGAAAGAGCGGUAAACCGGACCCGUUCGAAAUGUCCGAUCGCAAACCCAACAUCAUUCGGUUCGGUCGCUCAGUGAAUCCGAAGUUUCAACAGUACGAACGAAAAGAAUCGAUUGAAGCACCGGCCAAAGGUUUCGCUGCUUGA